AUGCCCACUUCAAUUGACGAACCAAGGGAUCAGCUGUGGUUAGAGCAGUCGAUAAACACGGCAGGAUAUCUUGGCACUAUUGCCUAUGGGCUGCAUAUCGCGGUGUACUCUGCCGCAACGUAUUACUUGCUAGCAAGCCGAACCCCCCGCCGCUGGAGGUUCCACGCCUUCAACACGAUCAUCUUCGCUAUGGGGACCAUCCAUAUCGCCACCACUAUCCGUUUCGACCAGCAGGCUUGGAUCCUGGAGCGCAACUACCCUGGCGGACCAUCUGCAUUUCUACUCCACGAGGAAUCUCGCCCGCUUGUCCUCCUAGGCAUCUCUGCAGCUGCUAUAGCUGGCUUCAUGGUAGACGGAUUACUGGUAGGCCAUCUUCUUCGUGUACAUCGUCGACAUCGGUGCGCUCAUACGCCAAAUCGAUUUCUGAAGCCCUCUCAACCUGAAUCUUCCUUCUUCACUCCAGUGUUGACAAUCGCGAACAUCAUCGAGUCCGCACAUCCAUACACAGGUACUUGGGGCCCCAACCUCGGGAUCGCAUGUUGGGCGACGUCGAUGGCGCUCAACAUGCUACUCACGACUUUACUUGCGGCAAAAAUACUCCACCACCGCCGCAAACUCCUAGCUAACGGCCUCGCCAACGCCUCCAGUACCUACCUAGGCGCCGUAUCUAUGCUGAUCGAGACGGCAUUCCCCGUGGGCCUCAUAUCAUGCAUCUUCAUUAUCCUCUACGCCAGACAAAACACGGCAGAGAACUUGUUCACUCCUUUGAUUUCCCAAGUUUAUUGUAUAGCCCCUCAGCUCAUCAUCAUCCGGGUCUACCGUGGCCAUGCGUGGUCGGCUGAUACUGUCACCCGAGCGCAGGGUAGCCCAGGCCACUCCCCGCAGGAAUCUAGGAUAACGUCACCUGAGGAGCUGCCGAACAUCCAGUUCGCUCAACGGUCCAGCAGGCAGCCACACAAGUUUGAAACAUCGAGCAUUAUCACGUCUACCGAAGAUCCAGGAUCUGCGGGAAUACUCAAGAAGGAAGGGUUUGAUAGGCACGAGACGCGAGCAGAGAAAUCACCUGUAUAA